CAGGCGAGUGGGAGGACACGUGUGGCGAGCUGCAGCGCAUGCUGCUCGUGCGCUCGCUACGGGCGGACCGCGUGCCCGCGUGCGUCACGGCCUUCGUCGUCAACAGCCUCGGGUCAAAGUUCGUGGAGCCGCCCGCGCUCGACUUGAGAUCAGUGGUGGAGGACUCGACCCCGCGCACUCCGCUCAUCUUCGUCCUCUCCCCCGGCGUCGACCCCGCGGGUCUCCUGCAACAGCUUGCGGAGAGCGCGGGCAUGGCCACUCGCCUGCACACCCUCUCGCUGGGCCAGGGACAAGCGCCCCUCGCCACUCGCCUCGUCCACGAGGGCAUCCGCAAAGGCCACUGGGUCUACCUGGCCAACUGCCACCUGUCGCUCUCCUGGAUGCCGCAGCUGGACAGGCUGGUGGAGCGCCUGCAGGCGGAGGAGGCGACACACGCAGACUUCCGCCUGUGGCUCAGCUCGAGUCCCCACGCGGACUUCCCCGUCUCCGUGCUCCGGGCCGGCAUCAAGAUGACCACGGAGCCGCCCAAGGGCCUGAGGGCCAACAUGACGCGUCUCUACAGCCUGGUGACGGAGCCGCAGUUCUCGUCACGUCCCCAGGCCUACCGGCGCCUCCUCUUCGCGCUCUGCUUCUUCCACAGCCUCCUCGUGGAGCGCCGCAAGUUCCGGCAGCUGGGCUGGAACGUCGUCUACGGAUUCAACGACUCCGACUUUGAGGUGUCGGAGAGCCUGCUGAGCCUGUACCUGGACGAGUGCGAAGAGGUGCCGUGGGACGCACUGCGCUACCUCGUCGCCAGCAUCAGCUACGGAGGGCACGUGACGGACGAUUGGGACCGCCGGCUGCUCACCGCUUACAUCGGGGGCCUCUUCUGUGAGCAGGCGGUGAGCGCACCCUACUACAGGCUGUCGUCGCUGGAGUCGUACUACGUGCCGCGCGACGGGCCCCUGCCGGCGUACCGCGACUUUGCGGCGCUGCUCCCGCACGCCGACCACGCCGAGGCGUUUGGCCAGCACCCCAACGCGGACGUGGCCGGCCAGGCGGCCGAGACGCGCGCCCUGCUCGGCACGCUGCUCGGCCUGCAGCCGGGAGCCGGCGACUCCUCCGGCGACUCCUCCUCCGGCGACGCCGACGCCGACGCCGACGCCGUGCACGGCCAGCGUGCCGGGGAGGCGGUGUUGUCGCGCGAGGACAAGGUGCUGGCGCUGGUGGCGGACGUGGCGCUGCGCGUGCCCCCGCCGCUGGACGUGGAGCGCUGUCGCCGGCAGCUGUCGGACGAAGCCCCCCGCUGGGCUCCACUGGGGGCCGUGCUGCUGCAGGAGAUGGGGCGCUACAACGCGCUGCUACACACCGUGCGCUCAUCGCUCUCCGACCUGGAGCGGGGGAUCCGGGGCCUGGUGGUGAUGUCGGCCCACCUCGAGGAGACCUUCAGAUGCAUCCACGACCUCCGUGUGCCACCCUCCUGGACACGGGCGUACCCGUCGCUGAAGCCGCUGGGGGCGUGGACGCGGGACCUGGUGCUCCGUGUCGGCCACUUCUCCCGCUGGGCCCAGACGGCCCGGCCCCCGCUCCUCUUCUGGCUGCCGGCCUUCACGCUCCCCGCCGGGUUCCUCGCCGCCGUGCUGCAGGCCUCGGCACGGCUCAACGGCAUCUCCAUGGACUGCCUCAGCUGGGAGUUUGUGGUGUCCACUGUGGAAGACAACAACAUCCUGGUCCCUCCCAAGGACGGGGUGUGGGUUCGGGGCCUGUACCUGGAGGGAGCCGGCUGGGACCGCCGGGCGUCUUGCCUGGUGGAGGCCGAGCCGAUGGAGCUCGUCUGUGCCAUGCCAACGGUGCACUUCAAGCCCGUCGAGAACAAGCGGAAAUCCGCCAGGGGGCUGUAUUCGUGUCCCUGCUACUACUGCCCGGACCGUGCGGGCAGCCCGGAGCGGCCGUCCAUCGUGCUGGGCGUGGACCUCAGAGCGGGGUCACAGCCCGCGGACCACUGGGUCAAGCGUGGCACCGCACUGCUGAUGAGCCUGGCCAACUGAAAAACACCACCACCACCAUCACCACCACCACCACCACACCACCACCACCACCAC